CCACCUACGGCUUUCACGCACUCGCGGUGAUUUGCCCGCUCCCGCCGCCGCCGCCGCCGCGCCCGGCAGAGGAAUAGCAGCGCUUGUGCAAACCGGGAAGAUGGCGGCCGGCGGCGGCGGAGGCAGCAGUAAGGCCUCCUCCUCGUCGGCUUCUUCGGCAGGAGCUCUGGAGUCCUCUUUGGAUCGAAAAUUCCAGUCGGUAACCAACACCAUGGAAUCCAUUCAAGGCUUGUCGUCUUGGUGUAUAGAGAACAAGAAACACCACAGCACUAUCGUCUACCAUUGGAUGAAGUGGCUCCGGAGAUCUGCAUAUCCCCAUCGUUUGAAUCUCUUUUACCUUGCCAAUGAUGUCAUACAGAAUUGUAAAAGGAAAAAUGCAAUCAUUUUCCGUGAAUCGUUUGCUGACGUCCUUCCUGAAGCAGCUGCUCUAGUAAAGGAUCCAUCUGUCUCUAAGUCUGUUGAACGAAUCUUUAAAAUCUGGGAAGAUAGAAAUGUGUACCCAGAAGAAAUGAUUGUGGCAUUGAGAGAAGCUUUAAGUACCACUUUCAAAACUCAGAAGCAGCUGAAAGAAAAUCUGAACAAACAACCGAAUAAGCAGUGGAAGAAAUCACAAACAUCCACAAAUCCAAAAGCUGCUCUCAAGUCUAAGAUAGUUGCUGAAUUUCGAGUAAGUUAUAAAACAGGUGGAAAGAAGUUCUCCAAAGAAUUUGAAGAGGCAAGCUCCAAGCUAGAGGAAUUUGUGAAUGGAUUAGAUAAGCAGGUGAAAAACGGGCCCUCAUUAACAGAAGCACUGGAAAAUGCUGGAGUUUUCUAUGAAGCACAGUACAAAGAAGUAAAAGUUGUGGCCAACGCAUACAAAACCUUUGCUAACCGAGUAAACAAUUUAAAGAAGAAGUUGGAUCAAUUGAAGUCAACCCUUCCUGAUCCUGAAGAAUCACCAGUCCCUUCCCCAAGCAUGGAUGCUCCCUCUCCAACUGGUUCUGAGUCUCCUUUUCAAGGAAUGGGAGGUGAAGAAUCCCAGUCACCGACCAUGGAGAGUGAGAAAUCUGCCACACCUGAACCUGUGACAGAUAAUCGUGAUGUAGAAGACAUGGAACUCUCAGACGUGGAAGAUGAUGGGUCAAAAAUCAUUGUGGAGGACAGGAAGGAAAAACCUGUGGAGAAGUCAGCUGUGUCCACUUCUGUACCUACAAAGCCAUCAGAAAGUAUCUCAAAGCCCUCCUCAUGUACCCCAGUGCCCGUGACCAUAACAGCAACCCCACCUCUUCCAAAGCCUGUGAAUACUUCUCUUCUGUCCCCUUCCCCAACGCUGGCUUUGCCAAACCUGGCCAAUGUGGAUCUGGCAAAGAUCAGUUCCAUCCUUAGCAGCCUGACAUCAGUCAUGAAAAAUACUGGGGUCAGUCCUGCGUCAAGACCUUCUCCAGGAACACCUACCAGUCCCAGCAACCUCACCAGUGGCCUGAAAACACCUGCACCUGCCCCAACAGCAUCUCACAACCCUCUGGCAAAUAUCCUCUCGAAGGUGGAGAUCACCCCAGAGAGCAUUCUGUCUGCUCUUUCCAAAACCCAGGCACCGUCAGCCCCUGCACUGCAAGGCCUGUCGUCUUUACUUCAGAGUGUUACUGGGAACCCAGUUCCAUCCAGUGAAGCUGCAUCCCAGAACACUUCAGCCUCCCCUGCCAACACCACAGUCUCUACCAUAAAGGGAAGAAAUCUGCCCUCCAAUACCCAAUCUUUUAUUCCCAAAAGCUUCAACUAUUCUCCUAAUUCAUCAACUUCUGAAGUCUCUUCAACUUCAGCCAGCAAGGCCUCAAUUGGGCAAAGCCCAGGGCUCCCAAGCACUACUUUUAAACUACCGUCCAACUCUGUGGGGUUUAUUGGUACCCACAGUAGCUCUGCUGCCCCAACUACUGAAGUUGCCAUGUGCCAAUCUUCAGAGAUCUCCAAGACAAAGCUGGAAUCAGAGUCUACCUCCCCAAGCCUGGAAAUGAAGAUUCACAACUUCUUAAAAGGUAAUCCUGGUUUCAGUGGCUUAAACUUAAACAUCCCAAUCCUGAGCAGUUUGGGGUCCAGUGCCCCCUCUGAGAGCCAUCCCUCAGACUUCCAGCGUGGCCCUACUAGCACAUCAAUUGACAACAUUGAUGGAACCCCUGUACGGGAUGAACGGAGUGGGACACCCACCCAGGAUGAGAUGAUGGACAAACCCACAUCCAGCAGUGUAGAUACUAUGUCCCUGCUUUCUAAGAUCAUUAGCCCUGGUUCCUCAACACCCAGCAGUACAAGAUCACCACCCCCUGGGAGAGAUGAAAGCUACCCCCGGGAGCUCACCAAUUCUGUAUCUACAUAUCGACCCUUUGGCCUGGACAGUGAAUCUCCCUAUAAGCAGCCUUCUGAUGGAAUGGAAAGACCAUCUUCCCUAAUGGACUCUUCACAGGAAAAGUUCUAUCCAGAUACUUCUUUCCAAGAAGAUGAGGAUUACCGUGAUUUUGAAUAUUCAGGGCCUCCACCCUCUGCCAUGAUGAACCUAGAGAAGAAACCAGCCAAAUCUAUCCUGAAAUCAAGCAAGCUUUCUGAUACCACUGAGUACCAGCCAAUCUUAUCCAGUUAUAGCCACAGAGCCCAAGAAUUUGGGGUAAAGUCUUCCUUCCCUCCAUCUGUAAGGGCCCUCCUGGAUGCUAGUGAGAACUGUGACCAUCUUUCAUCCUCCCCUGGGCUAUUUGGUGCCUUCAGCCUAAGAGGGAAUGAACCUGGGUCUGACCGGUCACCAUCACCGAGUAAGAAUGAUUCAUUUUUCACCCCUGACUCCAACCACAAUAGCUUGUCUCAAUCUACUACUGGGCAUCUCAGUUUGCCACAGAAGCAGUACCCAGACUCUCCUCACCCAGUCCCACAUCGUUCCCUUUUCUCUCCGCAGAAUACCCUUGCCGCUCCCACGGGCCACCCUCCCACAACAGGCGUGGAGAAAGUCCUGGCCUCCACCAUUUCCACCACAUCGACGAUUGAGUUUAAGAAUAUGCUUAAAAAUGCCUCUCGCAAGCCCUCAGAUGAUAAGCAUUUUGGCCAGGCCCCCAGCAAGGGCACUUCAAGUGAUGGUGUCAGUCUCUCAAACCUCACGCAGCCCAGCUUGACCACCACUGAUCAGCAGCAACAAGAAGAGCACUACCGCAUAGAAACCCGUGUCUCCUCCUCCUGCCUAGACUUGCCUGAUAGCACAGAAGAAAAAGGGGCCCCUAUAGAAACAUUGGGUUAUCAUAAUGCAUCCAAUAGGAGGAUGUCAGGGGAGCCAAUACAGACCGUAGAGUCCAUCCGAGUUCCUGGGAAGGGAAAUAGAGGACAUGGGCGUGAGGCUUCACGGGUGGGUUGGUUUGAUCUGAGCACAUCAGGCAGCUCUUUUGACAAUGGCCCCUCAAGUGCCUCUGAUUUGGCAUCCCUUGGGGGUGGGGGCAGCGGAGGCCUCACUGGCUUUAAAACAGCAUCAUACAAAGAACGGGCACCCCAAUUUCAGGAGAGUGUCGGCAGCUUUCGUUCCAACAGUUUCAACUCAACAUUUGAGCAUCAUCUCCCCCCAUCCCCCUUGGAACAUGGGACACCCUUCCAGAGAGAGCCAGUGGGGCCAUCAUCUGUCCCACCUGCCCCUCCUAAGGAUCAUGGUGGUAUCUUCUCUCGAGAUGUACCCACUCAUCUGCCCUCUGUGGAUCUUUCGAACCCCUUCACAAAGGAGGCAGCUCUGGCCCAUGCUGCCCCACCCCCUCCUCCUGGAGAGCACAGCGGAGUCCCUUUCCCUACCCCACCCCCUCCUCCACCCCCUGGGGAACACAGCAGCAGUGGUGGGAGUGGUGUCCCCUUUUCUACUCCACCCCCUCCUCCCCCCCCUGUUGACCACUCUGGGGUUGUACCCUUCCCAACCCCACCGUUGGCGGAGCAUGGAGUGGCAGGGGCUGUGGCAGUAUUUCCCAAGGACCAUAGUUCCCUCCUUCAGGGGACCCUGGCUGAGCAUUUUGGGGUGCUCCCAGGACCCAGGGACCAUGGGGGUCCCACCCAACGGGACCUCAACGGCCCUGGCCUUAGCCGUGUACGUGAGAGCCUGAGCCUACCUGCCCAUUCUCUGGAGCACCUGGGCCCAGCCCAUGGAGGAGGAGGUGGGGGAGGCAGCAACAGCAGCAGCGGGCCCCCCUUGGGUCCCUCACACAGAGACACUAUCAACCGGAGUGGUCUGAUGUUACGGAGUCCCCGGCCAGACUUUCGGCCUAGGGAACCUUUUCUCAGCAGAGACCCGUUUCACAGUUUAAAGAGACCCAGGCCACCUUUUGCUAGGGGCCCUCCGUUCUUUGCACCAAAACGCCCAUUCUUCCCUCCCAGGUACUAAUGGAAACCAAGGGAAAGGCAUUUUGGACAGUCUAGAGAGCAUUGGAUGUAGGAGUUUGGUUUAUUGUUGUUGUUUUUAUUUGUUUUCCCUCAGUUUUUUUUUUUUUUUUUUAAUGACAAGGGGCCUCUCUUCCAAAUUAAAAAGAUGUAUAUGCUUACAUUUCACUAUUCAGUUCAGUCCUCCCUCCCAUUGCACUUACCUAUCUUCCCCAAGUUGUUUGUAUUUUUUAAAAAAAGAAAGAAAAAAAACCCCAAAGCUUCUUAAUUUGACUGGGGGCUUAGGGAGUGGGGAGGAAAACAAUCUCUAUUUUACUCCGUCUAUUGAGUAUUAUUACAUUUGAAAUAAAACUUCCAUCAGUACAGAUAAUAACGUGCAAUGUUGGGAUGUUAUUUUGGGCUUGGCUUAUGAAGUAGUCAGUGGAAAGAUUCCUGUCCCCUUCUCUCUCCAGCUAAGUGACUGCUUUAACCAGUUUGGCUCCCUUCCCUGUAUGCUCUGUGCCUUGCUGACAGCCAACAGAUGUUGCAAGGGAGGAAAUGUGGGAGACAUUGGACCUGUAGGGUUUGUUAUGUUUUGUUUUUAAAGGCAUGCUGAAGUUGUGUUUAUCAUCCUCCUAAAAUCUUUUUUUUUUUUUCUUUUUUUUAAUUGGCCUCUUCCUCCAAAGUACUAUCAGGCAGUAACUUUGAGAAGAUACAAACCUCAUUCUAUCCUAGUAAAAUAUUUUCUCUUUAUCCUUGGGAUGAAAGAGAAGGGGCUGGAUAUAAUUUCAGGGUUGAUAGAAGGAGUGACUACAAUGUGUGAAGUUAGGAAAGGAACUAUUAAUGGUGUGAUGUGACCUGCCUACCCAUUGUAAACGAGAGAGGAAACGUUUUUAAGGUAGUUUCACACAUCUUGCACCAAGCUCUUGCCUUCUGCUUUUCUUUCUUGACUGUUUUUCCUUCUUCAGUUUCCACUUUUACUUCGGCCAGAAAGAAAGUCACUACAAUUGACAGUUGAUACAAAAGAUAACUGAAAUAUCAUCCCUGCUUUUUUUUUUAAUAUAAGAAGCAGACAUUAAUUUUACCAUGGUGCCUCCCUAAUGUAAAUGAUAUUCAUUGGUGGUUUUCAGCAAAGGUUAACUAUUAGAGAAUGGAAAGUAUUUGUCUUUGUCUUCCUUUCCCCCUUGCCUCAGUCCUGUGUUCACCCCUUCUUGGUAUUUCCAAGGAAGAGACUCAAUAGCAUCUUUCUUUAUAUUAUGCCUCUUCAGAUAUGUCUUAGAGACACAUUACUAUACAUACCUUUACAGAGAAACAGAAGGACCUGAUGAAUCCAAAUUUACCCCGUUCUACAGGUAGCAUUAGCUCCACCUCCCACCCCCAAUAGGAAAUAAAGAAUGUUUCUGCCCUUUAAUCAUUGUACAUGAAGAAAUGCUUUCUGUCUCCCUAGACUGAAAAGCUAAUUUGUAUUUCUACAACCAGUAUUCAGGAAAAAGACAAUCACUGUAAUUCGAGUGUUUACAUCUUUACAUCUAGGAACAUUGAAAAGCAAAUGUUGCUUUACUAUUUUUUUUUAGUGUUUUACCCCAACGUACACACUGAUAAUCUGAUGAGUUAAAACAGUGCGUGUUGAGUUUCUGAGGGAAUCCUAGCAAUUUUAAUAUAUUUUCUCCCAAGUUAUUAUAGAACUAACUAUAGAAAGUAUGGGAGUUGCUUUGGAUUUCUCCAGUGGAAUAUUAAAGAUGGGGGAGCAUGGGCAGUGUAGUGAUAGAUGAUUCUUUGUCUCAGAAUAAACUUG